CUGCAAAGGCAAUUUCACAUUCAUUCAUUAUGUCUGUCUGAAAGACAGAACGAAAGAAAGAUUUUAGCACACCUCACAACCGGUCACUGCAUGAUAUUGAAUUCCAAAAUAAGAGCCCACCAAAACUCGAAUAUUAGAUGUUUUGUCCAUACAUUCAGAAACUCAGCUGGAGAUGGGGAACUCCAUAUAUAUUCUCAAUCACUACACAGCAUGGGUGAUUCUGCAUGGGGAAAGCUCACAGCUUGUCCUGCAGUUUGUCAAAGGUGAUCACAGUGGUUGCAAGGACUACAGUGUGGAUGUGCAAUUUUGUGUUUGUGCAGGGACCUUAUGUAUGAAAAAUUAUAAAUGAUCUAUUGCAGCACUACAUACUGAAUGUAUAGUGAAUAUGCAAGCUUUCUAUAUUGCUUUGAAAAGCUAAAUUGACUAAUUAUGGUUUACAGUGCAAAUGUAAUUAUUAUUUAACUUCUUCAUUAGGUCAACUUUGACAAUUACCAGGCAAUUCUUUCAUUCGUGAACAUCUGCGACGUCCACUGGAAACUUCUGGUGAGUAGCAGAAUGAUAUCUAUAUGUCAUUAUUUACAGUGUCUGGUGUAUUAUUAAAAGAUGUAUUGGCUGCAUUUCCCCCUUAUCAUUUUCAGUACAUAAAUGCUGUCAACCACACAGUGUACUUGAUGGAUCCAUCAAAAAAUAACAGAAAGCUGAUUCCAUUCAUGCUUCCAAAAAAAUCAGGUAUUCAUUUUAUAACUCAUUAAAUUCCUAAACCAAGGAGUGGUCGUUGGUGGAGAUACAUAUUCACGGAUUUACAUUCACUAAAAGGGUUACACCAAAUAUGAAUCCAGUAGCCUGGUAAAAAAUUUAAGAAAUUCACUAUAUCAUAUAUUUUUCCCGAAUCGCAAAUUAAAUUAAUGACAUCACAAUUUAUGGAGACAUUACAAAUGUUGUAAAGACUUUGAAUUACAUUAAAUUAAUGGAUUUAUUUACAUGCCAUACCUUGUAAUUUGGUUUAAACUUAAUGAAAUUAAGAGUUUAAGAUAAUUAUUUGGGUGUACUUAGACUUUCACGAUUAGAAGAGGAGUUAUAAUUUUAGAAUUUACUUAUCAUUUGAAAGCAAAGCUUUUUGUAAUCUUUUCCCCAAAGCUUUUUGUAAUCUUUUCCUAAUUAAUACAUAUUCCCGUAAUACAAUAAAAUUAAGUUGAUGUUUGUUUCAACAAUUUACAAAACAUGACACAAUAUAAAAUAAUUGGAAUAUUGUAGUUGGGAAUGCUGACCUAUGCUGGAGUCUGACACAGUCCACACAAUGUUUGUAAAUGUUAUUAUUUGUUUAGAUGGCCAGGGCAAUAGUGAGGGCAUUUCCAGGUGUUCCAGUUUUACAUUUUGGAACAUCAAAAAAGGAAAUGGCACAAGAGCGGAAAAUGAUGGCUCUGCAGAUACUGAAAGAAUCAGGUUUGUAAAGCAAGUGUUUGUCUGUUGCGUGGAGGGAUACAAAAUAAAAUGCAGCUUAACAGUUUAGACUCUAGUCAGAAUUCAAAUGCACAAUGCAGAAGUCUAGUGUAAUGUAAAAACUGUAGCAGAAAAAAUGCAGCUUCAGAGGGAAAUAGAUGGUUAUAACAAUAAUUCACAAUUCAAAGAAAGAAUUCACACUAGUUAAGAUGUCUUCUGACGGUCAACACUCACAGCCAGGUUGUAUAUUAUUACAUUAAAGCUACCAGAAAAUGUAGGGUUGCCAGAGUAGUAUCAGCUAAGACAGACAGAAUACGGCCUGUGAAGCCAUGGUGGCCAGUAAUUUCAGGACAACUUAUGGUGAGCUAUAACACAGAGCAGCUUACAGCUGUUAUAAAAUGGCUACUACAAAAAGCUGUAAAGAUUUCAUAAAAUGGUCAGUAACAAAAAAUAUUUUAUAUAUUAAAUAUUUUAUUGCUAAAAAUACUUUUUCACCAUCGAGUGUCGUUAUUUAACAGCAUUAUGUAGAAUUUUAAUAAGACAAAAAAAACAAAACAGCAGCACAGUAAUACUGAUGCCACAGGAGGGUGUAUAUAGUUUGUUGGCAAUGGCUUCUAAUGCAGCACAUGCAAUCAUAAACACAGAGGGGAUCAACUGAAUUACAAAUAAAGAUGACAUUCUCAGAGCAGGCAAAAGGAAAAUUGAUCACGGGUAAUACAUGCCAGUAAUGCAAGUAAACAAGCCUGGCAAAUAACAAAAAAAGAUUCCAGAUGACUAUGCAGAGGCCUGAAGGCAUGGAAAUAUUGCAAGCAAUGAGACGUAAUACAUGCAAUACAUGAAAUGAGACAUAAACAGCAACACCAUAGAUAUACUGUGACAUAAAUAGGUUCACAAAAAUGAAAAGGGGUAUAAAUGGACAGUUUAUAAUAGUAAAAAUAAUGUCUUGACACAAGUUACACACAUUGUUAUUUUCACUCUAGGUAAUACAGUACAGUAUUUUAAAACCUGGUUUAAAAGCAACAUUUAGUAAUUACCUAAAUAUCUCGCUGGUUUUAUAUAUAUAUAAAUAAAUGCAGUCUUCGCUGUAUGUAAUGUUGAUAUUGUAAGGUGGUUCCUUUAAAAAGGACAUGGAACAUUAAAUUAUUGUUACCAAUUUAUUUAUUUCUAAUACUUUAGUGUUUGAUGAGACCAAUCACUGUUCCAUGUGCGCACAGAAAGAGCCAAAUGGAAGUAGGCAACGUGUGACAAAGUGGGUGAGUUUUUUUGUUCACUUGUAAAAGGAGAAUUGGAAAGUGAAAAGGAGUAGCAAUUUAAAACGUGGAUCUGUGUAUGUAGCAGUUCAGUGAUAUUUCUAACUUAUUUUAGAUCCAGUGUGACCGCUGCAAGAGGUGGUACCAUGAAAAAUGCCUGGGCAUGUCUCAGAAGAAGCUGAAAUGGGCCAGAGUCAAUAAUUGGGACUGCAUUUUGUGCCGUUAAAUCUGUUGAGUUAACAUAAUUACUACAUUUAUGUUAUUUAUCUUUUUAUUUAAAUUAUGCUAUUGUCUUUUUUUUUGGUAAAAUAAUAUUGUUAAUUACAUUCUGUCCAUUUAAAGAAGUGUUCACAUAUUCACUAUAAAAAAAAGUGUUAAAGAGUUUUAAAUAAUUUGUAAAUAAAAUUAUUUAAAUAAAAAAAUGUUAAAUGUGAAAUUCAAUAACAGAAUGUCUUGUACUUUUGUAAGUGACACUGUGAGAUGGUGUCCUCUCCACCUGAGGUGAAAUUUGUCUGUAGACAAAACGUCUAAUAUUUGAGUUUUGGGGGGCUCUUAUUUUGGAAGACAACAUCAGAAUAUCCUGAAACAUUGAAGUUCACACGUUGAGAAGGUGUCCUCCCCAUCUGAGGUGAAAUUGGUCUGUGAAAGCAAGGACUUUUAUUUUUAUGAUUUUCUGAAUGUAUGGACAAAAAUGGUAAUAUAUGAGUUUUUUGGGGGGGGGGCUCUUAUUUUGGAAUUCAAUAUAUCAUGCAGUGACAGGUUGUGAAAUGUGCUAAAAUCUUUCUUUCGUUCUGUCUUUCUUUCUGACAGACAGACGGACAGACAUAAUUAAUGAAUGAAUGUGAAAUUGCCUUUGCAGGAAUUUAACCUGUUUUUAGUUCUGACGGUCAUACCGCAAUAGCCAGUGUAUACGCGCACCACGAAAUACAGGGGCGGCUAGUUUGACUGCUCAUUUCGACGUGGCGGCUGGCUUGACCGCAGUGAGGAUUGGAAGACCCUGAGGUGAAUCUUAUGAAAGAGGACGAACCUGGAAGUCCCCACCAAAGGCCAAAAGUCAGAUCGCCCAUCUUUGUAUCAUCUGUUGGGUCACGUUACCCUUCAUCAUGUCAGAGACUCGACCAACUCUUGCAGAAGCCGAGACACCCUGUAUUGCAGAGUCUCCAGAGGUGGAGUGCCCAGUCUGCUAUCAGGAGUACGAUCAGGGCUCCAAACUCCCACGCAUGCUGGAAUGCCUUCAUGUCUUCUGCACGGAGUGUCUCCGCAAAAUCCAGCUCACUCCGUUGCACCCUCCUGACCCCAACAGUGCCCCCUCAAUCUCCUGCCCCCUGUGCCGCCACUCUACCCCACUACAGGGUGGCGAUGCACACUCUCUCCCCUGCAACUCACGGAUUCUCGCCCAGCUCCCACCCGUAGCCUUCAGUCUGCCUGUGUCAGUGUCUGCCCGACUGGCCACGGUGACCCAACGGUUUGUGCUGUCCCUGGGGGAGAGGGACACCCGCUUUAUAAUCCUUCCCACAGUUAGUCUGAGGGUGGAGCAGAUGGGAGAUGGUACAGAAAUGGUAAACCCUCCUGGAGUGCUGCAUCAAGAGAUGGAAGUUUUUAGGAGACAAAGAAAGACGCUGAUGUGUGUUCAGAUGCUGGCUGUCAUCUUCUGGAUUAUGUUUGUGCUGAUUUGUGUGGUCGGGGUUGUAUUUGGGCCAAGUCUCUUUCAUAACUAAGAUAUAAAGGAGAAUCAACAUGUGGAUCAACAGGCAAUACGUUAACAUACCAUUUAAAAUUAAGACAAUAUAUAUUUGGACACUUUCUGUUUGAAACAUGUCCAUACUCAGUCUCUCAGAAGAUACUGUACCUUUUAAGGUGCAAGGGCCGUCAUAAAGAAUACAGUUAUGUACCCCAAAUCUCUAACGGGAGGUACAAAACAGAACCUCUUAGGUACAGUUUAGUACUGUUUUUACUGUAUAAUGUACAUGUGAUGAGCUGUGGCUGCUUUGCUAGGACCUGUUUAAAUAUGAAGGAAUUGACUUCAUGCAUCACUGAAAAUGACACUAGGCCGAAAGUAAUAGGCUAAGAAAAGUGAAGGUUGUUCUGAGAAAAGUUCUAGAAUCAUGUGUUUGCAGAGGC